UAUCAAGUUCCUAAUUCCUAUCUCGGAUCGCAAGUGAACGCUGUUGUCUGUGUUUAUUUCAGUGUAGUGCGAUAUUAUUUAAGUGCCGGGGGCGGAUGGCUUUGAAACUGGAACAUUAGGUAUUGUUUGGUACAUAAUGGCAAUGUCAAAAGGAUUUAAAGUACUAGAGAAGUCAGCGCCACCGAAUCCUUACAGUAUUAUCUUACAACACCGAAAUAAAGAUACAGCCCUAUUAUUCGAAUCCCAAGCUGUUGUUUCUCUAUCAUCUCAAGAAACAGAUACUUUACGUAAACAGUAUCAUAAAAUAGCAGAUGCCUAUGGGUGUUUGGGAGUUCUUCAACUAAAUUCCGGCGAAAGUUGUAUGCUGUACCUCGUUCUUGUAACGGGAUGCAGCUCUGUAGGCAAAGUGGGUGACAAUGAAGUAUUUAAAAUAACGCAAUCUCAAUUUUUACCACUAUUCCAUCAAACACAGGGAGAAGAUAAAGUUGGUGAAGUUAGAAAAUUAUUAAACUCUGGAACAUUUUAUUUUUCAUGGAAUUCAGGUAAAACCAGUGAUAAUCUUUUUGAUCUAACAUUGUGCGCCCAAAGAAAAGCAAAAGGAGCCAGUCCAGAUAAUAGAUUCUUUUGGAAUAGAACUUUAUUCAUCCAUCUUAUUAGAUUUGGUAUUGACUGUGAUGACUGGCUAACCCGUGCCAUGUGUGGGUCUGUCGAAAUUCGUACCAUUUAUGUUGGUCAUCGCUUGGCAAGAGCGGUAUUAAUUUCUCGACUCAGUUGUGAGCGAGCUGGAACUAGAUUUAAUGUUAGAGGUUGCAAUGAUGAUGGCAAUGUUGCAAACUUUGUUGAAACCGAGCAAGCUAUAUAUGUGGAUGACUCUGUUUCGUCAUAUAUUCAAACAAGGGGAUCAGUCCCUUUGUUUUGGGAGCAACCAGGCAUACAAGUUGGAUCACACAAAGUUAAAAUGUCCCGAGGGUAUGAUGCAUCUACAAGUGCAUGUGAAAGACACUUUUCACAGCUGAAACGUAAUUAUGGGUCUAUUUUUGUUGUUAAUCUGCUUGGUUCAAGUAUGAUAGGAGGUACCGAAGGGGAAGCUAAUCUGAGUAAUGCAUUCCAAAGGCAUUUAAAUGAAUCUGCUCAUUCUGAUAUUGUUCAGAUUAUAUUUGAUUAUCACCAGGAAGUGAGAGCUUCUUCAAUAGAAUCGGCCUUGGGUAAAUUCAAAAAGUUUGUUGAAAAAUACUAUGACAGCAUCAGCAUAUUUAGUGCAAAAGGUGUUGAUAUUUAUAAUGUGCAAAAAGGUGUAAUAAGAACUAAUUGCUUAGAUUGUUUAGACAGAACAAACUCAAUACAAACAUUUAUUGGUCUAGAGAUGCUCGCAAUACAGCUAAUGUUACUCCAAUGCAUUGAUAAAAAACAAAAUGUCAAUAGAUUUGAGGAAGUGUUUAAACAAAUGUGGAUUAAUAAUGGUAAUGAGAUUUCCAAAAUCUAUGCUGGUACUGGAGCUAUUCAGGGUGGUUCAAAAUUAAUUGAUGGAGCAAGAUCUGCUGCUAGAACAAUUCAGAAUAAUUUGCUGGACAACUCAAAACAAGAAGCUAUAGAUAUUCUAUUGUUAGGUUCGACAUUAAAUUCAGAACUUUCAGAUCGUACCAGGAUACUAUUGCCUUCAAAUAUUUUACAUACAUCUACACCAGUUCUGCGAGAGAUGUGUCGUAGAGCAAAUGAGUUUACUCAACCAAGUAGCAUCCGCAUCACUAUUGGUACUUACAAUGUUAAUGGUGGAAAACAUUUUAGAAGUCUAGCCUAUAAAGAUGUAUCCUUGGCAGAUUGGUUGUUGGAUUGCCCCAAUUCUUCACUCGUAAACACUGUGAAUCUUAAAGAUCACCCUUCUGAUAUAUUUGCAAUAGGAUUUCAGGAAAUUGUUGAUUUAAAUGCCAGUAAUAUUAUGGCUGCUAGUUCUGAUAAUGCUAAAGCAUGGAGUGAAGAACUAGAAAAGGUAUUGUGUCGAGAUGCAUCUUAUACUUUGCUCUCAAGCCAUCAAUUAGUUGGAGUUUGUUUAUUUGUGUUUGCUAGAAAAGAUCUAAUUCCCCACAUUAGAGAUGUUGCAUUAGAUUCAGUUAAAACUGGGCUUGGUGGGGCCACUGGCAAUAAGGGAGCAGUGGCUAUUCGCUUAGUUAUUUAUGGCACAUCACUUUGCUUUGUUUGUGCUCAUUUUGCUGCUGGACAAUCUCAAGUAAAUGAGCGCAAUGCAGAUUAUACAGAAAUCACCCGAAAAGUUGCAUUUCCUAUGGGUCGAUCUUUGUAUUCCCAUGACUUUGUGUUUUGGUGUGGAGAUUUUAAUUAUCGCAUUGACUUAGAUAAAGAAGAAACAAGAUUACUGGCAGCACAAAAUAACCUACAAAGGCUGCUGGAACAAGACCAACUAACUCGUCAAAAAUCGCAAGGUUUAGUUUUCAAAAAUUGUUUUGAAGGAGAAAUUACUUUCCUCCCCACAUAUAAAUAUGACUUGUUUAGUGAUGACUAUGACACGAGUGAGAAAUGUCGGGCACCCGCUUGGACAGAUCGUGUUUUGUGGAGAAGUAAAAAGUACACUAUUGACCCUGAGUCUACAUCAGAAUCAGCCGCUGGAAAAUUGCUUCACUAUGGUAGAGCUGAAUUAAAACAAAGUGACCAUCGACCAGUUAUAGCAAUCUUGGAAAUAGAGGUACUACAAGUCAGUUAUACAAAAUGUAUGGAAGUAUUCUAUGAAGUUGUUCAAGAUCUUGGACCUCCUGAUGCUAGCAUUAUUGUCCAACCAGUGGAAGAUAUUGACAGUGAUGAUACUAUUUUUGAUGAUAAUUUAAUGGCGAUAAUAUUACAGGAAUUGGCUACAUUUGGCGAAGUUACUUUGGUGCGUUUUGUUGACGAUCAUACGCUCAGUAUUACUUUCAGAGAUGGACAAAAUGCACUUGCCGCAGCUCAAAAGGGUACUAUAUCAUCAUCAGUAAUACCUUUACGCGUCACGCUGAAAUCACCGAAUUGGAUAGACAUUGUGAGAUCUGAAGUGGGUUUGUGUACUAACAAUACAAUACCUCUAUUUGGGGAAAUUCCAGCUGAGCGACCUCUACGUUCGGCGCCUCCUACACCUCGACGACAGCAACCAAGUAGGCCUCCGGCACCUUCUCCGACACCGCUUGUUCCAUCUCGUGCACCAGCAGCGUGCCCUGCAAGGCCACCCCGACCAGCUCCAAUUACUCCUGAACCUGUUGUGUCUCAAGGUUCGCUAAGCUCUCCUCCAGCAGAUAUGAUGCCUCCUCCAUCUUGCGCUCCGCCCCCGCCGCCGCCCUCCAGCAACACUCCGCCGCCAACAGGUCCGCCACCGCCUGUACCAGCACGACAAGGCGCACCACCACCUUUGCCUGCGCGUCCACGGCCAGUAAUUUAAACUCCUUCGCCAAAAGAUAGAUGCUUAAAAUGCAAAAAAUAAUAUAUAAAUCGUAAUUUAAAUAUCCGUUGACUUCUAAUUAUUUCGUUAUUGAUUGGUGUAUUAUGUAUUGGCUGUGAUGUUAAUUGCAUAUGAAAUUGUAGCAACUGUUAUACAUCGAAAGUUUCUUAUGUAUAAAUAUAAUGUUGGUUCCUACUUUUGGUUCUUGACGUUAUUAUUAGGUUUUUCAAUUAUUUUACCUAGUAAACCUAGGUUUUCCAGAAGAUAUUAUAAAAACAUAUUCAAAUUUUAUCUGAUAAAAACAUAAAAUUAAUUGACUUAAAUUAAAACUGAUUUAUAAUAGACCUUCUUUGGUUUGUAAGUAACAAGUAAUUAAAUAUAAAAAAUUGAGAUUUCCUUUACGGAAUUCCAAUUUUAACAUAUGUAUGUAAAUUUAUUUUUUGCUUUUCUAUUUUUUUAUUAAUUUUUAUAUCAGUAACGAGCAUUAUACGCAUUUAUGUUAGGUACCUACAUGAGUUGUAUGUGUGUUAAAGGAUCUUAUCCUUGAUCUCUGUUCUAUUUUUUUUUAUUUAGUUCCUAUUUUUAUUAUUUUUUUUAUUAAAUUUAUGUGUUUGUCAAAAUCGUUUAAGUACUUAGUAUUUGCGCUUAUCAUGAGAUCAGUAACAAUUUAUCUGUAAGAAGUAAUUAUAGUGGUAAGAGAUUAUAUAAUAAAGAACAUAAAAAUAUCAAAUUGGGAUGUUAAAUGCAAUACGAACAAAACUAUUUAUAUUAUUUAUAAAGAUUGUGAUUGUUUAAAUAUAUAACUUGUAGAAGCUUUUAAUAUAGAAGAAUAUGGGUGUUUAAGGCGUAUAUUUAAUAUAACAUAUAAAAAUUAAAUGACAAGCUGUUGUAGAGUCACUGGCUAUUCAUGCAUUUGUAGAGAAGCUAUAAAUAUGUGUUAUUUAAAUAUUACAGAUUGAUUGUUAAUAAUUUAUUAUAUAUGGACUACUUAUAUGUGCGAAACGUUUAUUCCUAUUGUUAAAAAUAUGUCUGCCAUUUUCCGAUAUAUUCAUUUAGUAGGAAAUGAGGAAUUUCAACUGUUAUAAAUACAUAAUCUCUGUUAAAUGGGUAGUUGCAAAUAAUUGUAUGCGUUUAUUAAAUAUUUGAUAAAUUACUAACCUGUUUACCUAUGUAACCUAAUAUUCUUGUUAUUGUUGUAUAGCUAAUGCAUGUAUGCAUUUAUUAGAAAUGUUUUACGAGCAAUCGUUCGGGCGUUGAUUAGAUACACUUACAUAUGCGUGUGCACUGUGCACUUAUUUCACUUACACGGUUAUAUUUUUUAUGUUAGUGUUAAUAAAAUACAUUUAUAGAAUUACCGUUACUACCUAAAAUGAAUACUUAAAAAAGUGCUUUGUUAUGUUUAUUAAAAAUGAGAUGUUUCAUUGCGUCUGAAUCCGCACAUUAUUAGCUACCAGAUAAGUGCAGCUUACAAACGGAGUAGGCUCAAACCAAUAAAUUUUAUUGGUCUGGUAACUAAUUAUCUAGGACAUUUUAGAUAAUUCCUUAUUUUAAGCCAACAAUUAUCCAGCUUAAUUUUCUUGAAAUUGGUAGCUCUUUUUUGAUUUUAUAAGAACUGUUUGGGACCACCCACACAACAAAAUAAAAAAAUUAUUUAUAAUACAUGUGUGAUAUGUAUUCACGACACAAAGGGUUUUGUACAAAUAAGCAAAAGAGCUACUGCAAAAAAUAAAUAAAAAAAUAAUAAUAAAAAUAAGUUUAUUUGAACCAAAAAAAGAAAUACACUGCAGACAUUUCAUGAGUUAUGUGUGUAAAUGCAUCCAAUUUGUGACCUUUCUAAACCUUUUUAUUAAUUGUUGCUAUAGCAUGGUUGUAUAUUAGUUGCUAAAAAAAACUUAUAUUUCUCCCAAAAUGUUACUUGUCUAACUAUCGCGGUUAAGAAAAUAUACAGGGACAGAUGCGGACAGACGAACACCGAAGUCAACUUUUUGGGUACAGAACCCUAAACCGAAGUUAAUUAGUGUUGUCUAUGAAGUAUUUUUCUUUGCAGUGAAAAUUAUUUUUUAUUGAUUUGGUAAGUGGAAAAAGUAAUCAUGGUUCAAUCCUAUUAAAAUAAGUAGGGGGAUUAUACCGGCAUACAUUUUUUAUGUAACGUUAGUAGGUACUAUGAUGUAAUAAAAUUACUUUAUAUGAAUGUAUUCAGUCUUAAGAGAUCUAAGGAUGUAUCUGACACAUUUAAAAAAAUACGUAACCGUUAUUUCAAUUCAAUGAACUUAUAUAAAGAAAGUACCUGUUCUUUAGAUAUUUAUUUUCGUUUUGUUAAUAUUAGGUAAAAUAUUACAAAGCUUCUAUUUUAAUCACAGGUCACGUAUACACGAUAUGGCUUGCUCAUAGAUGUAUUAUUUUUCUAUGGCCUAUGUUGUUUUUAAAAGUCACACCGAAGUAACAAUACAAUAUAAAUACAGUAGAAUAUUGCAGUUUUGCCACUUCAUAUACCAAGCAGAGAAAAUCAUUCAUAAGUAGAUAAAAUGCUUAAAAUAUUAUUAGAAAUACUAGUUCAUAGUAUGUUAUAUUAUUGUUUAAGGAUA